AUGGCUGUCAUCUCGCGCCUGCUAGGCACUUGCCUCGCCUUCUCCAGCAUCGCUCUCGCAAGUCCAGUGCCAGCUCUGCUCACAGCACGUCAGAGCAAUGCUACUCUCUCGGCUUGCCCAGGCUAUAAAGCCAGCAACGUCAAGACAAGCUCCACUGGCAUGACCGCGGACCUGAGUCUGGCGGGCGCAGCAUGUAACGCCUACGGCACGGAUCUAACUGACCUGAUCCUGACCGUCGAGUACCAGACUGACCAGCGCCUGCACGUCCUCAUUCAAGACGCUGGCAACCAAGUGUACCAGGUCCCAUCCUCCGUCUUCACGCGCCCCGGCACUGAGAGCAAUUGCUCCUCGAGCAACUCUGAGCUCGAAUUCAAAUACGUUAAGAACCCAUUCAGCUUCUCCGUCACUCGCCGUAGCAAUGGUGAUGUACUGUUUGACACAUCUGCUGCGAGCCUCAUCUUCGAGAGCCAGUAUUUGCGCCUGCGGACCAAGCUCCCGGGGAGCCCGAGCUUAUACGGUUUGGGAGAGCACACUGAUCCUUUCAUGCUCAACACCACGAACUACACCCGCACCAUCUGGAACCGCGACGCUUACACUGUCCCAUCCGGCACAAACUUGUACGGUGAUCAUCCUGUAUACUUCGAUCACAGAGGUGCCAAUGGCACGCACGGCGUCUUUUUGCUAAAUUCAAACGGCAUGAACAUCAUCAUUGACAACACCGGCGGCCAAUAUCUUGAGUAUAACAUCAUUGGUGGCGUAUUCGACUUCUACUUCAUGGCCGGUCCAUCCCCCGCUGAAGUCGCAUCGCAAUACUCCAAAGUCGUUGGCAAGAGCGCAAUGAUGCCAUAUUGGGGUUUCGGCUUCCACCAGUGCCGCUAUGGCAUGCAGGAUGUAUAUGAGGUGGCUGAGGUUGUCGCCAAUUACUCGAUUGCCAACAUCCCGCUCGAGACGAUGUGGACAGACAUUGACUACAUGUAUCUUCGCCAAGUUUUCACGCUUGAUUCAGACCGAUUCCCGCUGCACCUGAUGCAAGAGCUGGUAUCCUACCUACACACUCACGAGCAACACUAUAUCGUCAUGGUGGACCCUGCAGUAGCUUACCAAAAUUACCCAGCUUUCAACAAUGGAGUCAACGAUGAUGCGUUCAUCAAGUACGCGAACGGUUCAGUGUACAAGGGGGUGGUCUGGCCUGGUGUCACCGCUUUCCCUGACUGGUUCGCCCCCGGUACGCAAGGCUAUUGGAACGGCGAGUUUGACUCUUUCUUCGAUCCAGCUACGGGUGUCGACAUCGAUGCACUGUGGAUCGACAUGAACGAAGCCUCCAACUUCUGCGUCUACCCUUGCACCGACCCCGAGGCCCAGGCAGCGGCAAUGGGCGACCCUCCAAAGCCUCCGCCGGUAAGACUCGGCAGCCCGAGGCCGAUUCCUGGCUUUCCAGCGGACUUCCAACCGCAAUGCAAGACGGAGGUGACCUUCAACGUCAACGCCAGCACGUUCUACGGCGAGAACAUCCUUCUUCUCGGCAGCGCUGUAACACUUGGCUCCAACGAUAUCAGCAACUCUGUGCCGCUGAGCGCGAGCAACUAUCCCAUUUGGAGAAUCACGGUUGACAUGCCAGCGAGCGGCACCUUCACGUAUCAGUACGUCCGGGCUGAGCCAGAUGGUAGCUAUGUCUAUGAACAGAAAAACAGGACCAUCACGACUGGACCUUGCAACAGCACCAACAGCACGCAAGACACCAUCACGACGACCUCGCCUCCCACCUCGUCAAAAAUGAUUAAGCGCGACAGCCUCGUCGCUUACGGUUCCCCUCUUGACACGCGCCAGUCGCCGAGUGAGCCGACGGGAUUGCCCGAUCGCGACCUUAUCAACCCAGAGUACAUGAUUACCAAUGCGGCUGGCAGCCUUAGCAACAAGACGCUCGAUACCGAUCUUGUUCACUACGGCGGCUGGAAAGAGUACGACACGCACAAUCUUUUUGGCGCCAUGAUGUCCGAGACUUCUCGCCUUGCAAUGUUGAGCCGCCGCCCGAUGGUCCGUCCGCUCGUCAUCACGCGUUCGACCUUCGCCGGUUCCGGUCGCCAGGUCGGCCAUUGGCUUGGCGACAACGUCGCAGACUGGGCCCACUACCUGAUCUCGAUCGCCGGGAUGCUUGAAUUCGGGGCGCUCUUCCAGGUCCCCAUGGUCGGCUCCGAUGUCUGCGGCUACGCUGGCGUCACCAAUGAGCUUCUCUGUGCUCGCUGGGCGACUCUAGGAGCCUUCAGCCCCUUCUAUCGCAACCACGAGGCCUCUGGCGUGCCGCCGCAUGAGUUCUACCGCUACCCCAUCGUGGCCGAGGCCGCUCGCAAUGCCAUCGCUACGCGGUACCAGUUGCUCGACUACUUCUACACGGCAUUCUACGAUCAGAACCAGACGGGCGUGCCCUCCGUCCAGCCCAUGUUCUUCGUGUACCCCGAAGACGCGAACGCGAACGCGGUGCAAUACCAGUAUUUCUAUGGCCCGGCCAUCAUGGUCGCGCCCGUCACGGUGGAGAACAGCACGACGACCGAGAUCUACAUGCCGGAUGAUGUCUUCUAUGACUACUACACUCACGAAACCGUCCGCGGCACCGGCAGCAUGGUCACGCUGACCGACGUCGCAUACACGACCAUCCCACUGUACUACAAGGGGGGCAGCAUCGUCGCUCGCCGCGUGAACUCGGCCAACACGACCACCGAUCUGCGGAAGCAAGACUUCAGCAUCGUCGUUGCUCCCGGCCUGGACGGCACGGCGUCUGGCAACCUGUACCUUGAUGAUGGCGACAGCCUCGAUCAGCCGGCGACCACCUACAUCGACUUCUCGUACGACAGCAGCGGGAAGUUUGUGAUGACUGGCGACUUCGGGUAUAGUGCUGGCGUGUCGAUCACGAGCGUCACGGUCUUGGGUGGCUCGAGUAAUGGUACCAGUCCGAGCGGGUACGGCAAGACGAAGAGGGCGGAGACGAUGGUCCAGACGAGCAUUCCAUUGACCAGACCGACCAUUGUGAUGGUUUCGUAA